AUGGAGAGGAAUCAAGCAGCUGAUAUGGGUUAUGAUGACCCAAUACAUAACAGCUACGAGGAUACUUGUAGAAUGUAUGAUCAGGUAGCAGACACUUUGUUACACUUGGCAAGUCGGACUCCAGGAGAAGUCAUGAUAGCCUCUCAUAAUGAAGAUCAGUCAAACUUGUUGUUCAAAGGUAUUUUUGAAAAGUGUAUAAUUUUAUGCUACUCAUUAAAAAUGAGGUGUUCAAGAGCUCUCAUGAACAGUGAUAACAUAUUUGCUGAAAAUUCACCUCUGAGCCUUAUUUGAAGUAAAUUUUCGUGAAUCUUUGUCACUACCUUGACAUUUUAAUGUAGAUAUUGUUUUGAUCUCAAUGUGUUGGGAAUGCUUUCCUCCUAAUAUUGACCAGUGUGCCACACAAUGAAAUUGGGUAUUCCAACUUGCAGCAUGCAUGCAUGCAUGCAACAUGCAAAUGCAGCAUGUUGGUAUCUUCUCAACAUAAGAGACUGUACGAUAGCUAGAGAGAGGAUAAGGAAUUUAACAUGGCAAGUAAGAGAAUAGUGAAGAUGAUAAUGACUUAAUGAGAACAUCGACAGUGGCAAUGAUACUGGUUGUUGAGAGGCUCCCUAGCCCUCAUGAUGGUAAUCCACAAUGAGUAAUAUGCAAUUAAAAAGAAUUGCAACACUGCAAGUAAAUUUGUGUACACAUCAGCCUCGACCAGAAGCUAUUUAAUUUGAUAACAUAUUCUUUGCUGAUAUAAUAUAACAUAUAUCAAAAUUUUGGAACAGAAUGAAAGAACUUGGCAUUGCACAGGAUGCAGGGAAGAUUUCAUUUGGUCAACUGAAUGGGAUGUGUGACCAGGUCUCUUUCUUAUUAGGUGAGGGGCAUACAGUGAUAGACAAGUUAUAAAGCCAUCUAAGAAAAGUCUGUUGAACCAAAGUUUAAUGCUUGGGAUAUGCAACAGUGUCAAAAACAUUUAGGUUUAUCAUUGCAAAAUCUGAAUUUUUGUUGAUUUAAUGUGAUAGGAGAAAAGAGUGUGUCAAGCUAAUUCCUAGUCAAAGGCUGGGUUAAAUCACCUUCUGUGAAGUGCUGCCAUUGUUACCAAUGCUUUCCUGGGUCUGCAAGGCAACCUCUUGGCCUUAAUCAAGUAAACAAAUAAAUAAGGGAACAAAACCCUUUAAACUGAGGUGAAAAUAAAUCUAAGAGUGCAAGAUUGCAAAAAUCAAAAUGGAUUUAAAUCAGGAAUACCUGUCAUAAAUGAUGAAAUAAAGUCAGAGUUCAUGUGGGGAUGCAUUGCUGUAUAUUAUGAAAAGAGGCCUUUCCUCCUGCACAAGGGGUGGAAGGUCUGUCAAAUUCAAGAGCAAUUUUCCAUCCAUGUUUAAUUUAAAAACUCCAGUUUAAUUUCUCCUUUACUACUACAGGGCAGAAAGGCUUCAAUGUGUACAAGUCAGUACCUUAUGGCCCUGUGGGUGAAGCACUUGCUUAUCUUGAGCACAGAGCCACUGAGAAUGGAGUUGUUAUCAAAAGAACAGAGGAGAGAUCUCUCUCAUAGCAAGAGUUCAGAAGAAGAAUCACAUCUCUAGCUCAUUAAUGUGAAUAACACCAUCUUCUGACUAAUUUCAAAAAUUUCUUUCCUUGGCAUAGUUGUCUUUUUAAGGUAGUGAGGAAUAAUCAACAUAUACUAUUAGUGAAUGAGCCAAAAGUUGGAGAGGAAAUAUAAAAAAAAUAGCAUAGCUGCACAGUUUUGGUAUUACCAACAAUAAUCAGCUGUGGUUUAUUUGCUACUUUGUAAAGCACUCUCAAGGGUUUGAAUCCAUGAUGCAGACAAAAUCAUAACUGACAGGAAUUUCAUGUUACUCAAGAAUACAGUUUAUACUUGGUCUUUUCUGACUUCAAAUAGCUCUAUAUAUGUAACUUAGAGAAAACAUUUAUGGAGAAAUAAACUUGCAUUUGCUGAAAAACUUCCAUUCAUAGCUAGAUGUUUUUAGUAUAUCUAAAGAUUCCAAAGAAAUUGCACCACACCCUUAGCUGCAAGCAAUGCUUCUCUAAACAUAUGUUGAGAAUACUUCUACUCCAAUUGAGUAAUGGGUGGUGAAAUAUCCCACUGGAGUUCCACUUUUAGGCCAAUAUGCUUUUCACUUCAAAUCAAGAAGUGUUAACUGAAUUCAUGACCUUUCCUACUGUCAUGAGGCUUUUCAAUGUUUUUCGAAAGGUGGUCAGCUGUAAUUCAUGCUUAAAAUUUAAAAUAGGUUUUGAAUUUACUUGCUCAAGAACUUCAUUCAGG